AUGGAGCCAUCGGAGGAGCAGGUGAAUGAAGCUCUGCCGCAGACAGGCCUGCGGACCAGUCCUGAAUCUGUGCGUCAGGAGAAAGCGCUGUGUGAGACGCCGGGCACGAGCAGGACCUCCACUAGAGGCAGCCUUCGCUUCGGGAGCCUCAGCCAUCAUUCCUUCUUCUCCAGACACAAUCCUCAUCCUCACAGAGUCAGACACAUGCAAGGGUUGAAUGGUAAGCCGGUUUGUACGGUGAAUGAUGACUGGUACGGCUUCACUCCUCUCUGUCCACAUCCACUCAUUAAAAGUCAAGUGUCUGUCGGUGGGAGCCGUUGGUCGGUGUUUCUCACACCUGAGAUCGGCUCGGAUCGCGCUGGACCACGAGCAGAUCAAAGUAGUAGUUGUUAUUUUUUGCCCUUUUUGAUCUUCUCACAUCUGUUUCUUGUUCUUGCUCUCUUUCAUCUCUCAUGUCUUUCCACAGAACUGAUUUCUGAAUGCUGGCGUGAGGAACUGAAGGAUUUGGCCACCAAAGUCAGUCUUUCAGCGGCCGCUGAGACCCAGCAGGACAAGAGAGAGAAACUCACAGAUGAGGAAGUUCCUCGCAGGAAGACGCAGUAUUCGGCGCAGUCCGGCCGGAUCAUCCCUGCUUCGUCCUGGGGAGGGAAGAAGCGCAGCAGCAGGACUUCACACAAACGAGCCCAGCGAUGGCAGACGCAAAGCCUGGAGGGAGUGGAGCUCAAGGUGCUGGAGCUUUUGUGUCAGAUCCUGCAGACUGAUUCUCUCUCAAUGGUUCAGCAGUGGCUUUUGUUGGCAAGUGAUAAAGAGAAAGAGCUGGUUCAGGGGUUACUCCAGCAGGCCAUGGCCAACUCCAGCUCUCUGACCCAGCAGAAAUCUGGACCAGAACUUCUGCCUUUGACGUCUGAAGAUCUGCCUGAUCACGUGUUCCUCAGCUCGUCUGUCAGCCGAAGGAAGAGCAGUUCACAUCUUGCAGAGCCGUUACAGGACAAACCAGAGCGGAUCGGAGAAGCAGAAGUUCUCACGCUGUACCCAGAAAACACAUAAUGCCGCUGCUGUCAUCUACAUCACUGAUUUAGUUUGCUCUUUUAGCAGUUGUAUUAUUGUAAUCAUCAUAAUGUAA